AUGUCGACUCUUAACGCGCACUCCGCAGUCCCUUCACCAUCACAGGCCCAUCUCGAUAGAGGUUACGGUGGAGGGACGCCUCAACCACCACCGUCACAUCUUAGCGCUGUCACAGACGUCGAUGCUGCAGAUUUCGAACCGACCGCAGCGCCCGAACAUCGAGCAGACACCCCCUCGCACCUAGCACCACCCGCCGGAGCAGCAGCACAUCAGAAUCAUGGCCGCUUCAACGAGGAAUGGGAUUCGAGUCAACGUGGCAGCUCGAUAAUAGACGGCCCAAGUGCAAGGCCCAUGCCGCGAUCAAACUCGCCCCUCUCCCAAGGAGACACCCUCAUCCCUUCGCGCGGAGGCACCUUGAAGAAGAAAGCGUCGCUGCGGAGGACAGGCUCAUUGAAGCGCUCUAGCAGCCGGCGAAGUUCCAGGGCAGGAAGUGUCCGCAGUCUGGCUCUUCAGCCUGGAGAAGACGAAGCCCACAGCGCUUUCCACUCGCCCGUCCCCACGAGCGGCAACCCCACAGAGAUUCUUGCCAACAGAUUUCAAGCUUGGAGGAAGGUUUUAAAAGAUCUUAUCACAUAUUUCAGGGAGGUACAAGCAUCUUAUGACCACAAGUCCAAGAAUCUGAUAAAGAUUUCCAACCUCGUCAACAACACCUCGUCCCCUCCAGUAUUUUUACGAUCCGGUGGCAUUGAUGAUGCUCUUCAAGUUCUACGCUCCUACCACAGGUCUGCUAUUAUGGAGGCCAAUAAGGCCAAGGAAAUCGAGAACGAUGUCCUCUUGGCACUGGUCGGACUCCGCAGUGACCUGAAUCAGAAGAUCAAGGAGAUCAAAAGCUUGUCCGGGGAUUUCAAGAAUUCCGUAGAUAAGGAGAUGGAAGGUACCCGGAAGGCCGUGAACAACCUCCAAGAUGGCCUGGGCCGGGCUGAUGUCGAUCCGGCUCAAAUGACUGGAAAGCAUGACCCUUAUCUGCUUAAGCUCGCGGUCGACAGGCAGAUUGAAAGACAGAUUGACGAGGAGAAUUAUCUCCAUCAGGCAUAUUUGAAUCUGGAAGCAUCAGGACGGGAGCUAGAAUCUAUCGUUGUAGGCGAGAUUCAGAAGUCGUACAAUGCUUAUGCCGGUAUCUUAAAGCGUGAAGCAGAGGGCGCGUAUAAUACCGUCGAAGAACUUCGAACUGGGCCAAUUUCGAUGCCCAAGGACCAUGAAUGGAAUGAAUUUGUUGAGAAUGAUGAGCACUUCGUCGAUCCUAGAGUACCAGUCCGCCUCCCUCAGAACAUCCAGUACCCAGGUCGGGAUAAUUAUUUGGCGCAAGCUAUCCGGGAAGGCCUCCUAGAGCGCAAGAGCAAGUAUCUCAAGAGCUAUACACCUGGGUGGUAUGUUCUUACUCCGACUCAUCUGCACGAGUUCAAGUCCGCCGACAAAACCCAAACCCCUAUCAUGUCACUUUACCUUCCGGAACAGAAACUUGGAUCGAAUUCCCAGGAGGGCGCGUCAUCCAACAAGUUCAUGAUGAAGGGCCGCCAAACGGGUGCGAUGCAUCGUGGCCAUUCCUGGGUUUUUAGGGCGGAGUCCUACGAGACUAUGCUGGGUUGGCUUGAAGAUAUCCGGACAUUGACUGAGAAAACGCCGCAAGAACGCCAUGCAUUCGUACGCCAGCACGCUCGCAGCGUCAGUGGAACAUCCCAAAGGGCAUCUUCUAUCAGCAGCGAUGGAGUCUUGGACGAGGACGACGAGGAGCCAUUCUCGGCCACAACUUCAGCCGUGAUGGCAACGGAGCCAAAACAAGACGUGCUGCCAAGACGUCCCGAACCAGGUGGGCGAUUCCCGAGUGACCUCCAGGUCAACACGCAGCGUGGCUUACAGGCACCUCUCUCGCCAUCUAGUGGAAGUUCUAGUCUCGGAGAUGCCCAAGAUCGCGAUAUAGUUGCCGCCGCAACCAACCUCCCGGGUAGCAGCGUCGGUCAGCACUACGGCGAAGGCCCUCCUUCGCCAUCGAAUGCGGCGAAGGUUAAGCAGGAUGCGAUGGAGGAUGGGAUCAAUCCCUAUACCUACGAGCCCAUUCAAAAUGGCGCCACCAACCGGACUGAAGCUGGGACCGCCCCUGCCGGUCCUAUAGUAGGCGGUGCUGUUGUACAAUCAUAUCAGAACCAUGAACCGCAACCGAAUCAGGGGGAGGAGGUGGAAGCCGCCGAGUAUCAACGACAACAAGAACGACAGGCAGCACUCGAAGCUAUCAACAUUGCCGCGCCAGAUACCCAUGAGCAACAGGCUGCCCAUAAAGCCAGCGACAUUGCUGCACCAGACACCUACAGCCAGCAGGCUGCACAACAAGCUGCCCUCGAAGCCACGAUUAUUGCAGCUCCCGAUGCCCGGCCUGACUCCCCCGGCUCAAACGUUACGUCUGGCGGACGAAGCCUAGGCAGCCCCGCCGAGGUUGGUGCUCUCAAUAACGUCCGGGCUGGGAUAGAUCCGGUGUCAAAACUGGACCGGCCAGCUGAACACCACCAGCAAAGCGAACGGAGCAUCAGCCAUUUUCAUGUUCCGGGUGAAUAUCCUAGGAAUAACCCGGAGUCCAAAGGCUCGGUAGUUGCUGAGAUGCCCGUUUAG